CGCUGAGUCCGUUCAACGCCAGCCGGCGCGACCAGAGGAUGAAUAAUCUCCUCAGGACACUCACCGAGAGCCAGGUCAAGCCCUCGCCUGACCUUAGGCUCCUUUUGAGUGCCGUCAAGGACGCACGCCGCCAAAGCUACGAUGCCAAGGUAUCCGAGCCGUUUUAUGACUCCCUUGAGGGACUCCUUCAUGAUCUGCGUACAGUAACUAUGGACAAUCAUGACGCGGAGGCCUUCCUUAAGCCAGUUGCCAAGUCCGAUGUUCCCGACUACUUUGACGUGAUCGCAAACCCUAUGGACCUCCAAUCCAUGCUCAAGAAGGUCAAAUCAAAGCAGUACAAGUCCAAGCGCGAGUUUGCAGAUGAUUUAGAUCUGAUAUGGUCAAACUGUUUCACCUACAAUGCAACUGAGGACCACCCUCUCCGCCAUUGCGCAAUGCGCCUCAAGAAGAAAGCAGAUAGACUGCUACAGAACAUCACUGAUCGCAAGGAACGAAUCGACCCUCCUUUACCUCCGGCUCUAUCCCUGUCCUCACAUUCCGGUUCUCCCGUCCCAACGAGACCCACCGCGGUAGCAAGGCCCAAGAUUAAUGGCACGGCACACACACACAGACGAUCUCCGUCAUUUCCGGCAACACAAACUCUCAUCACCUCAAAGCAGCGUAUGGAUCUCCCCUUCGCCGAAUCGCCUGCGCUUGAGCGCACGCCUCACGGUAUGGCUGCAUUCCGCGCACUCGAAUCAGAAGCUGGCCCAUCAAGCAUCCCGAAUGGAUAUAGUUCAUCUGCGUCUACAAAUGAAUACGACAGUGACGCAGACGAAGCAUUGAUGUUAGUAGACAGUGAUUCGGGGGAGAAACGCAAGCUGAAUGGUUUAUCUUAUCGCCCUCGCAAACGCGUACGUCUCACCCCUACUCCCUUUGCGCCCAUUCCCACUGCAGACGACCCGACCUCGACCUGGUGGUCCUCUGUUCAGUCCGACCCACUUCUUGCCAAUGGACUUCCUGCCCUUCCCCAGCCCUUCGCUGCAUCGACACAUUAUUCGCCAUCCCAGCCCAUACCCUCAUCCUCAUCGCAAUUCGCAAGGCCUCGCAAGCGACGGAAACUCCGCACUCAGUCCAAUUCAAAAUACAAGGACAGAGAUACACCUGCACCGAAUA